AUGCAAGCUCAAGACUUUGAGAAUGGAGACCUGGAAACCACGACAGGCAGUGAAUCUGAAUCUCCGACUACGAUAGGACAGACUCUGAUUCUAAGCCGCACACACGUGGACCCUCCUCCUUUCCUAGACGUACUAUCAUUUCAUUCGAGUCGUUUGUUACCAGAAUCGCGACAAGAGAUCGCAGAGCAUGAACUUGAGUUUCAGAAGAGGCGCGGGAUACCGACAAACUCCAGCCCCUCGAAAAGUAACAAAUUGCAGAAUUGGGAAGACGCGGCUCAACUCGACGAACUGUUGGAGUCCGUGCACCUCCUCUUAGAACCUAUCCAACUGCCCGACUUGAGUCACACUGGAGUCUUUGACCCCGACAUGUCGCUUCUACGGCCGGUAACACCUUCUGCGUCAAUACCAAAAGCGGGGGCUGAGUCUACCACCAAACUGAAGCUGAGCAAGCUCGACAAGAGCGACGAGAUCAAACUUUUCUACCCCACGGGCGCUAAAAACGCCAACAUGCGUGACUACAUCAAGGAGACGAUAGAAAAACAUUUCUCCACGGAAGAGCCACCAAGUUUAUGCACAUCGGUAUCUGCACCCAUUCUCCGCUCGCCGGAGCUUGAUAACCAACAACAUUCAGGAUCUCCGUCCAAGACCCGAUCAAAGACCAAGAAGAAAAAUAAAUUCAAAGAUAUCAAGUCCCCUCUAAAGAUUUCUCUAACAGCGGGGGCUUUGCUAAACCCUCACCUGACCAAGCAAGCGAGAGAUGUCAUCACUGCUGUUCGGGCGAAUUCCUCCAAGAUUAACGAGCUCAUAUCGAAAUGAAUCCCUG